AGAGAUGGGGCUCUCUGGACCCGCGGGGAUGGAUGGACAUAAAGGAGAGAAAGGAGACUCCAUACUGGAAGACAACCUGGUCCAGAUGAUUUCCCAACCUGGUCCCCCCGGGCCCCCAGGGCCCCCCGGCUCCCCUGGAUUCAUGGGUCACCAUGGCAUGCCUGGUUCCAAGGGGGAGCCAGGAGACAAGAUCAAGGGAGACAAGGGGGACAGUGGACCUCCUGGAUUGAGGGGAUUGGACGGUCCACACGGUCCUCCUGGAGCAACAGGAUUGGUCGGUCUGCCUGGCACUAAGGGAGAGAAGGGAAGAUCAGGGGAGCCUGGGAUGGAUGGCUUCCCGGGGCUGCUAGGAGAGAAAGGAGACAGGGGAGAUCGAGGAGACAAGGGUGACCGAGGGACAGUAGGGAAGAGAGGUCUGAAGGGUCAGAAGGGGGAACAGGGUCCCCCAGGUCUGGACCAGCCCUGUCCUGUGGGGCAGGACGGCCUGCCAAUACCUGGAUGCUGGCACAAGGAGGAGAUGGCGAGACAGAAGCUAAAACGCAAGCGCCUCUCCCAGCCCUGAGGGGGGAGGAGCCACCACCAGAGAUGGAAGGAUGGAUUGAUGGGAUGGAGGAGGCACAGUCCUCCGUGGGAGCGGACAGAGUGAUGGAACGCCAGUGUGCCAAACAGAACACUCGGACCCUUCCGUUCUGGAAUCUCACCAGCAGGUGGCGAGAGAGAAGACUGCUUUUCCACAUUCACCACACGUGGAGAAAAAAACCCUGGUUCUUGUAAAGUCAUCCAGCCACAGCACCAAGAUGAUGGUCAUCACAGUCCUUCUGCAUCUGUUGAGCUUGUGUCUUGGUCAAAGAGCACUCUGGCACAUUGCGCUGUUUCCUUGCAGGGGUGUCGUUUGUACGAUAUGGUGUAUGAUGAUUUCUUAUUUUGAUAUUUUUUAUCUUUUAUGUGUCUUCGCUCAAUAAAGUGCAUGAUGAUCACAAGUCACAGCUUAGAUUAGCAUCUCGACAGCCUUUAAACAGACAAAGGCAAUAAAUCACUGAACCAUAUAUUCACAUGAGAUCAAUAUUCACCCGUAUUUCUAUUGAGGCAAACUCUCCCACCUUACACUACUGGUGUCUAAUUAUGAGUUCUGUUUCAUUCUUGCUCAGUCAUAUUUCAUUCCUUUGCAUGAGCAUCUGUUGUUGUAACAUAAAGAUUCAUACCAGGGUCUAGCUUAAAGCUCAUUUCAAAGCCAUCACUGAUGGAGAUGUGUGCAGUGUUUGGCAAGCAGUGUUACAACUUUGACUGUUCUUGUUACCAUUCAGUAUUCAACAAUGAAGGUUAGUCAUUAACAUGAAGUGAUUGUAAUUAAUGUUUUUUAUUUGUAGUGAACACCAGUUAACUAAAUGAAGGGGUUAGAAUGAGUUUUUCCAGACAGUGUUGACAGGUCAUAAAUCAAGUGCUUGUUUAAUGGUCUAUUAUUAUCUUAAUCUUAGUGUAAGACACAUUUAUAUGGGUUACUUUUACCUGGGUUAAUGGACAAUGGUAGGAGAUUUUGCUGCUGACUUAAAGUUCCAGUAUUUGUUUUGUAUACAGAGUUUAGUCAGAUAACGUGCAACAGUUGAGGGAGGGGUUUGUGAAACACACCUGAAGCUAAGUUCUAACUAACUGUUGUUUUUGUAAGUAUUACUACACAGUGAAAAAUAUUACUAAUUCUCAGUUGGUUUAACAUUACCUGUUUGUUUUAAACAAGAUCAUAUGUCAGACAGAUUUACAUUUUAAAGUGAAUAUUAUCAUGACAUAUUCAUAUUUCUACAUACUGUGGUUUCUCAUGGUGCUUCAGUUAUCUUAAGGUUUGUGUUUCUGGAGAUUUGGUAUUUGACACUGUGUUAACCAGUUCUAUUACACAUAUCAAUGCCACACACAAACAUACAGAUUAAUGCAACCAUAGAUAUGACCAUGCCAGUUAAAGAUUUGUUCAUGCGUUGAAAUACACUAUUGUACCAUUUCCAGUAUUAUUAUUUCCAAUGUUCCAACUCAAGAUUCAAUAUUUUUUAAGCUUUAUUGUUUAUACUAUGUAAAACUCUGCACCUGUUAUUGGGCAUGAUAAAGGUUGAGACAAAAAAAAAACUUUCCUUCUGAGACAAACAAGAUGGUUCUCUGACAGUACACACAUAGGGUCUGAUGUAGUACAUGGUCUGACAAUGUACACAUUUAUUUCUUUAGCAGACUGCCAGCCUCUCUUCUCAAGGGAUGAACACUUUUGAAUGGUGACACAAUGUCUAAAUAGAGUUUGGUGUGUUUUAACAUAAGUAGGCUAUCACAGUAUUAUUAAUAUUAUUAUUAGUUUGAUUUUAUGAUUUUUGUGUAUUUGGUUGUGUGUUUGGUUGUAAAAGAAUCAAGCUUUUUUUGUAACUGCUCUGUAUCUCAUUAUGUAAAAUCUGGUCAGUUCAACAUGUAGAGUGAAAUAAAUUAUCCACAUAUAAACCCA